AAAGAAAGAAAAAUAAGAGAAAGGUAUGAUCACGUGUAGUAGAGUUUGGUGACAUUGGAAUCUUUGUCAGCCUUUCAUCUUUGACAUCUACAAUGAAAAGAAGCAAAUUUCUAUACAAAAUCCUAAUCCUUAUCCUUGGAAAUAGAUCCUCUCUCUCUAUAUAAGCAACUCCUGCUACAAGCCUAGCAAAUACCUUCAAACAGAAAAUGGCUCCUAAUAAAUUUACUUGGAAAAUGUUAUUUCUUGGAUGUUUCAAGACUCGGCGCUCACUUCCAGCCCCCAAGAUUCAAGUUUCCAAUCUAACUACUUCCCAGAGAUUAUCCCUGUCAGACUUGAGCAAUCCUGGUUCUUCAUUAUCUUUCAGUGAUUUUUCAAGUUCUAUCUUUAAUCUCCAUGUUUUCACACUCAAGGAGCUGCAGAUGGUAACCCAUCAAUUCUCCAAGAGUAACUAUCUUGGUGAAGGAGGAUUUGGAAUUGUUUAUAAAGGGUUCGUUACAGAUAAGCUUAGACCUGGCUUGAAGGCUCAGCCUGUGGCUGUCAAGGUCUUGGAUUUGGAUGGCUCUCAGGGACAUAAAGAGUGGCUGGCCGAAGUAAUCUUCCUUGGGCAAUUAAAGCAUCCCCAUCUUGUGAACUUGAUUGGCUACUGCUGCGAGGAUGAGCACAGGCUUCUUGUCUAUGAAUUCAUGGAGCGAGGCAACUUAGAGACCCAGCUAUUUAAAAGGUAUUCUGCAGCCUUGCCUUGGUUAACAAGGCUAAAAAUUGCAGCUGGAGCAGCAAAAGGCAUUGCCUUUCUCCACGGGGAAGAAAAACCAGUCAUAUAUAGAGAUCUUAAGGCUUCAAAUGUCCUGUUAGGCUCGGACUAUAAUGCAAAGCUUUCAGAUUUUGGGCUCGCAACAGAUGGUCCACAAGGAGAUGACACGCACAUUACCACUCGUGUUAUGGGCACUGAGGGCUAUGCGGCUCCUGAAUACAUAAUGACUGGUCAUCUGACGGCUAUGAGUGAUGUGUUUAGCUUUGGAGUGGUGCUUUUAGAGUUGUUAACGGGUAAGCGAUCUGUGGACAAGAAUCGUCCAAGUAAAGAACAGAACCUAGUAAAAUGGGCAAGACCUUUAUUGAAGGAUCCCAAUAAGCUUGACCAGAUAAUGGACCCAAGGCUUGAAGGGCAGUAUUCAACAGAGGGUGCUAGGAAGGCAGCAGCAUUGGCUUACCAAUGUUUGAGCCACCACUGCAAGUCAAGACCCACUAUGAGCACUGUGGUCAAGACAUUAGAGUCUCUGCUGGAGCUAAAUGACAUAACAAUUGGACCUUUUGUGUAUGUUGCUCCAACUGAAGGCAAGAACAAGGAAGAGAAGGAAACAGAAACAGAAACAGAAAAUGAAAAUGAAAGCCAUGAGCUAAAAGAUGAAAACAAAUGCAAAGGAAGUGUGGCAGAAAUGAAAGACAAGAGUCGCAACCGGCAACAUAAAGGUCACAGGCACAGACGGCGGAUUAAGUCAUUGAGGUCUAAAGUUGUCCAUUCUGAUACUGCUCUAUAUAAAACUUUGGGCACUGGCUUGUAUUCUCCUCGGGAUUAAAGGAAAUUGGCAGAAGAGGGAACAAAUUAGCAUUUGCUUACAGGGCAUAAUGUACAUAUUGGAUUAGCUUUUUUCUUUUUUUGGGAAAAUUUGAAGAUUGUGUAUAAAGUUGUAAUAAAUCAUUUUUCUCACUUUAAGUUAUUCAUUUCUCUUUGACUA